AUGGCGUCUGGACACAGAUAUAAUGAAGAAGACGAAGACGAAGACGAAGACGAAGAAUCGCCGCUGCAUUCUCAGCGGACCUUUGGAGCAGGCCUGUACCGCAAGCCUAUCGCGUUUCUGCCGGCACAGGCAGCCGGUUUGACCACAGCCAGCGAAAAGCCUGCCUCAUCACCGUCGGCUGCAGAUCUAUAUCUCGGCAUCGUCUUUUCCCAGACCGAGGAAUCGGAGGCCACAACGUCACACUCUGUGCCCCCUCGGAUAUGUGAAGUUUGCGAGUUGCCGAUAGGCGACGAGGGUGUAGGCACUUCAGCAAAACCACACGCCAGACGGCACGAAGCUACACUUGCACAUCAAGUAUGUCUCCCCCAUUCCCAUCCACCCUCCGCUCUGGACCGUUCCCGCAUGGGUCUCUCGGUGUUGCAGUCACAGGGCUGGGACCCUGAUUCGAGAAAGGGCCUUGGAUCUGCGCAGCAAGGCUUGCAGCACCCAAUCAAGGCCAGGGAGAAGCGCGGUAAGCUCGGCGUUGGGGUCGAGGUACCAAAGAAUCUUGAGGUCUACAGGAAGGAAAAACCGCAGAAGCUCGACGCAGGGAAGGUCCGCAAGAUGGCUGCAGAAGACAAGAAGCGAAGAGAGAAACUCCACCGGCAGUUUUACGGAAACGUAGACGUGGAGAAGUACUUGGGCGGCGGUUAA